GCCAUUUAUUCGCAUUAUAUGGAAUAUAGGGAUAGACUAUGGGUCAUGGUGCCAGCAAGCAACAAGAAGACUUCCUCACAGAAGAUGAAAUUGAAGACUACCAGGAUCUCACAUACUUUACCAGACAUGAAAUAAUUGUGGCUCACAAGAAAUUCAAGGCGCUGGCGCCGGAUAUCAUCGCGGAGAACAGGAACGCCCGGCUGGAGAUGACUGUCAUGCUCAACUACCCGGAGCUGCGUGCCAACCCCUUCGGUGACCGCAUUUGCAAGGUGUUCAGCUCUACCCAGGACGGCGCCUGCUCCUUCGAGGACUUCCUGGACAUGAUGUCUGUGCUGAGCGUCCACGCGCCGAAGACGGUCAAGUCCGAAUACGCCUUCCGCAUCUUCGACUUCGACGACGACGACAUGAUCGGCCGCGAGGACCUGCGCGAGCUCAUCAACCGGCUGACAGCGCCGCAGCGCAUGACCGAGAUGGAGAUGAUGCACCUGAUCCAGAACAUCAACAACGAGUCUGACCUGGACGACGACGGCAUGCUGUCGUUCGCUGAGUUUGAGCACAUCAUCUCUAAGUGUCCCGACUUCACUGACUCGUUCAGCGUCAAGCUGUGACGACACGGGCGGCUCGGACCGCGCGACGGCGCUUGCCCCGGGACACAGGCCGCCAGGAGCGCCCGCCACGCAGCUCACGGCGACCGCCAGCGUGGCCGCCGCCGCCGCGUGCGCUCCGGCCACGUGGCUCUGUUUGAGCUGCUGCCUCAUGGAGUUGGUGUGGUCGGCGUUUACCGUGCAGACCCGGUCACAGUGUUGAUCUCCGCACGAGCGGUGGGAGGCUGGAGAUGGUCGCCCGCCGCUCUGCUUCACGGCUUGCAACCGAACGCACUUGUGGAUCACAACGCAGCUGAUCGGGGAUACGGAAACGACACGUCGGGUCCCAAAAAAGACGAGGCGGAGGGGUGAGGGGCUGAUGCGCGUGUCAGCUAUAGUCGCUUUGACACAACUUCGGUCGUGACUGGCAGAGCACAGUUUGCACAGCUGUGCCGGCCACUAGUCCGUCUCGUUGGUUGGUCUUGUGAACGCAGCACAACUCUCAUGUUAACCAUAAGGCGUACGGUGUUUUCGUCUUUCUGAGAUAUGCAAACUCUGUGAAAGCUAGUCAUCGGAUGUCCAGGAAGUGGUGGCCGCUCGCUUUCUUUUCGCUGCAGGGUCACGUACUGGUGAUGACCGCUGUUUUCGAGCCGGGGCAGACCGUCGGCCGGUGGACAUGAUGUCACGCACAUGUAAUGUCUAAGCCUGAGUUUCAUGUGCUUGUCGAUUCCCCUCCGCUCCGACUUCUCAGUGUGCCAUUCGUGUAUCGGUCGGACCAAGUACCGGUUUGACCAGGGAAAUGCUGCCGCUGGUCGUGACUCACGCCGACAAACGUCCAUUGCUUAGUCGCAGUGGCUGGUUAAGACGGUCUCGCAAUAAUACCCGUAGAUUACCGCAUUUAUUUACUGAUAGAUCUGAGUUAUGUUCCUCUUUGUGGUACCCCAGAGACAUUUGUCUAUAGUAUGGCAUAAGUGUUGCGAUGGCGUCCAUGCUGUCUGUG